GGGAGUUCGGCGUCUCAAAGAGCAGUGCUCGGAUAUCCGAGGAAAAUCCUGGCUUCCAUGUCUCCGCUUUAAAUUCACCCACACCCCGCGACUCUCAGGAACUCCAGAAAAAGAGAGACAGAAGAGGCUGCGCAUAGGUCCUGCUCCUCGUGCAGUUUGCUCUGGACAGGCAGAGACAGCAAUCAGAACAGAAACAACCCUCCGGGAGUCCUUGAAACUGUCCCAUCGUUUCUUUAACCUGCAUCUCCGGAGACCGUCUAUGUGUAUCUCUGGACUAGAAGGCGGGAGAGUUCCAGACAAACUAACCCCCCAGCAUCUUCUCAAGAAAGCACAAUUUUGAGUUAAAACUGUGAGAUAAACGGUUUGCAGUAAUUUCUGAUCCUCCAAUGGGAAACAGAUUCGCGCAUGGCAGCUCAAGAAAUGUAAUCGCAGAGGACUAUGAAGUUUUGGAUAUGGGGAUAUCAGGACUUUUUGCACUCCUGGUGAUGUUUCUCGGUUAUAUAAAGCCAGCAAAGUCGACUCCACUCCACCCCAUCUGUGACAUCAGAGUACUGGACAAGUACAUUAGAGAAGCAAAGGAUGCUGCAGAUUCAACGAAACAGUGUGAGGAAGCCUGCACUCUCCCAGGAAUCUUUACUCUUCCAAAAACCAAUGUCAACUACAGAGAAUGGGAAACAAAGGACUCAGGAGCAAAAGCCGAGGAAGUUCAGACGGGUCUCAAGUUGCUUGCAGUUGCAGUCCAGAAGGCCCAGAACAUGACUGUCAAUAGCAACAUGCUGUAUCUAAUAGAAAGGAGCUACAGUAAUAUCCGAAGCAUCACGCAGAUGGUGAGGAGUUUGAGAACCCCGGAUAUCCUAAAUCAAGAACGGGAGCUGCAGACCACUUUUAACACGAGAACACUGAGAACCAUUUUUCAUGCAUAUUUAAAUUUCCUACAAGGUAAAGUCAGACUGUUUUUCCUUGACACAGAAGCUUGCAAUCUGGCAACAAGCUGACAGUCCCAGCUGAACACCAGCAGACUCUGAAGGAGCUUCCGAAGCAGAUUAUAAGCUGUAACCUUUGCAUUCUAAGCAUAACACUGUAUAGCACCAAAAAGGAGCGUAGAAAGAAGGAACAUCGAUAAAAGGAUAAAGAAGAAGAUGGCCUGGUUCAUUUGGAAUAUAAUGUUCGAAAGAGGAGCUGAAUGUCCAACAGUAUACUGUCCAGCCACAGAGACUGUGGUAACCGGAAUAUAAGCACUCUCAAAUUUUUGAACUCGAGAGAGACAAAGAGAAAAUACCACACCCAUGGAGGCAUUCUGAAUUUGACAGAUCUACAGAAGAAAGUGUCUGUUUAUCAAUGGUGUUGCUCACUGUUGAGGGCAUUGUUUCACAAAAGUACUGUGCAGACUGGACACAUGGGUUUCAUGUCUUUUGUACCUUUUAAGCUCUAUCACACCUCAGAUCUUUGUUAUUGCUUAACUUGUGAACUAAAGUUCACUGGUAACCUGUUAGAAGUAUUGUAUAAAUGAUGAGAACUUGAUUGAAUGUUUCAUUGAAUUGUGUGGGAAGAAGGUGACAGAAAAGUUUAAUACUAUUGCUGAAUCACUGUAGAUCAGCUUCAUGUUGAUUAAAAUAUUAUAUCUAUUUAAACAUAUUUAUUUGUCAUGUACAGCCUGUCAGCCUGAGUUCUAACUGUAUAACUUCGGACUUUUUUAUUGUGAGCAUGCAUUUUUCCUCCCAUUCUUCUGCACCUAUCACUGGUCAUUGGUGUGCUGGUUUCCACAAUCAAACUCUUUCAAAAUCUGAAAUGUGAUUGUGGUGUUCAGCUACUCCUUUAAGACCAUUGCCCCAGCUUUCAUUGUAUGGACGAAAUCAGCAUAUCCUGCUGUGUGGUCAAGGCUAACGGGUAGUUCAAACAGGAAAGGUUGCAAGCACAAAGCAGUUCAGGCAGCAUCAAAGCUUUAUCUGUUUUCAGUUCAUAUUUCCAACAGUUGCAGUACUGUUCAUUUUUCUCUAAGUGGUACCUGAUUCAUUGACUCUGAGGAUUGUGAUUUCAUAGCCCCAUUCCAAGCCUGGAGCACCUAAACCAGGCUGACAUUCAGUGCCAUCUAUCACUAGAUUGCCAAUGCUAAACUGAGGCUUCUACGGCUUUGACAGAUGGACACAAAGAGAUGCCCUGGCACAAUACAAAGAACAAUCCUAAUUACACUUUAACUGCAUGGCUUACUGGUCAUUUCAGAGGGUAAUUAAGAGUUAACCUAAUUGCUGUGGGUUUGGAGGCAGGCGAUUGUUGAAAAUGACAGGACAGGUUGAUAGUGCAGGUAACAUUGACAGAAGUUUCACACACUAAUAGGAAACAGAAUUGGGGUAAGGGGUGUGUUUACAGGAUAGCAACCUGUAACUAGUAGGAUGCCACAGAGGUUAGUCCUGGGGCCACAAUUAUUUACAAUUUAUAUUAAUGAUUUGGAUGAGGGAAGUGAAUGUGCGGGUAGCCGGGUUUUCAGAUGAUGCAAAAACAGGUGGAAAGGCAAGUACUGAUGAUAAUACAAAGAGUCUGCAGAGGGAUAUAGACAGGUUAGGCAAGUGAAAAAAAUCUUGGCAAACAAAAUAACAUGGGAAAAUGUGAGCUUACGAACUUUGGCAGCACAAAGAGAGGAGCCAAAUAUUAUUUGAAUGGAGAAAGACUGCAGAAAGCUACAGCAUGGAAGCACUUGAGAAUCCUUAUGCAUAAAUUUAAAAAGCUAGCAUACAAGUUCAGAAGAUAACAGGAAGGGAAGUGGAAUGUUGGCCUUUAUUUCAAAGGGAAUCGAGUAUAAAAAUAGGGAAAUUCUUCCUGAAACUAUACAAGGCACUAGUUAGACCACACUUGGAAUACUAUCAAUAUGUCUAAGAAAAGAUAUACUGUCAUUGGAGGCAGUCCAGAGAAGGUUCACUAGGUCCCAGAUUGAACGAACUAUCCAAUGAGGAGAAGUUGAGGAAGGUAGGCAUGCAUUCAAUGGAGUUGAUAAGAAUGGGAGGCAAUCUUUUUGAAACAUAUGAGAUUCUUGACAGGGUAAUUGCUGAAAGGAUAUUUCUCCUCGUGGGAGAGUCUAGGACCAGAGGCAUAAUCUCAGAAUAAGGGGUUACCAUUUAGAAGAAAUUUCUCCUCAUUUCUGUCCUGUCAGAAGGUUGACAAUCUGUGGAAGUCUUUACACUGAGGGCUAUACAAGCUCAACCGUUGAGUGUAUUCAAGGCUAAAAUAGUCAGAUUUUUGAUUAGUAAGGGAAUCGAGAAUUAUGGGGAAGGGGAAAAGGCAAGAAAGUGGAGUUAAGGAUUAUCAGAUCAGCCAUGAUGCCAUUGAAUGGAGGAGCAGACUCGAUGGGUCAAAUGGCCUAUUUCUGCUCCUAUACAUUAUUGUCUUGUGAGCCAUGUAGAAUCAAUAAGAGAACAAAAGCUGUGAAGAACCUGUACAAUAAACUGCUUCAGCCUCAACUGGAGUACUGCAUCUGGUUAUAGGAAGGAUAUGAGCACUAGUAACAGAGAGGAGUUAGAGAGAUGAAAAAACAUGAGGGUUCUAGACAGAGCAGACAGGAAGAAACCCUUCUCAAUGGGGAAUAAUCCUAGAAUUAGAGGGAACAUAUUUCAGGUAAAUGUGAAAAGACAUAAAAGCAACUGAGGUUAACACUUCUCAUGUAGUGAAUCAUUAGAUCUGGAAUGCGCUGCCUGGAAGUGUGGCACAAGACAAUUUAAUCAAGGCUUUUAAUAGGACUUGAAUUAUUGUCCCAAAAAAGAAUAUUGCAAGGCUACCGGAAGAAGGCAAGGGAGUGUCUCUAAGUGAGUUGCUCUUUCAGAGAGCCAGUAUGUGCUUAACAAGCCAAAAGGCCUCUAUUUGUGCUAAUCAAUAUUUUUAAGCAAAAUGACUCAUCAAAAACCAUCUAAUCAUUCAGUGACAUAAUGUGUUGUCUAUCCUCUUGACUCUAGGCAAGUGUUUUCUCUUUUAAGUACACAGGUUAGGUUUGCUCACAGUGAGAUCGAGCUGAACAG